CUUAACACCAAAGCAGAGAGAAAGUAAGAAAAUUAGUGAAAGACAUUGAUGAGAAGGAUGAUUCCAACAUCGUUGUCAAGUAAGUUUCAAGGAUCUGUGAGUAUGAAUGCGUUGAGAUGUUAUGUUUCGGAGUUUAUCUCAACCUUCUUCUUCGUCCUAACAGCCGUUGGAUCCGUCAUGGCUUCAAGAAAAAUGAUGGCGGGUGAUGUGACGGGUCCGUUUAGUGUAUUAAUCCCAGCGAUUGCGAAUGCGUUUGCGUUAUCUUCGUCUGUUUACAUCUCUUGGAACGUCUCUGGUGGCCAUGUGAAUCCAGCGGUUACGUUCGGAAUGGCGGUUGCUGGUCGGAUUAGUGUUCCUACCGCUAUGUUUUAUUGGACUUCACAAAUGAUUGCCUCUGUUAUGGCAUGCCUUGUCCUUAAAGUCACCGUCGUUGAACAACACGUACCGAUCUAUAAGAUAGCCGGAGAAAUGACAGGAUUUGGAGCAUCAGUUCUCGAAGGUGUUUUAGCGUUUGUCCUUGUAUAUACCGUGUUCACAGCCAACGACCCGAGAAGGGGCUUACCUUCAGCAGUGGGACCGAUAUUCAUAGGGUUUGUCGCGGGGGCUAAUAUUCUAGCCGCUGGUCCGUUCUCUGGAGGAUCCAUGAAUCCGGCAUGUGCCUUUGGGUCGGCUAUGAUUUAUGGAAGCUUCAAGAACCAAGCUGUGUAUUGGGUCGGGCCUUUGCUUGGAGGAGCCACCGCUGCUUUAGUGUAUGAAAACAUGGUGGUGGUUCCAGCGGAAGAAGACCGUGGUUCAUCCAUCGAAGAUGCCACUGAAGUGUAA